CUUAACAGUUUUAAUGUACAUAAUUUAAUUGUUUUUAAGUUUUAUUUAAACAAACAAAUUUAAACCAAUAUCAGCAUAAAUAUUUUAAUCAGCUUGAAAGCAGCUAAAACAACAAAAAACAUUUUAAUGUAUCCUUAAUAUUUAAAACAGCCUGACUUGUAAUGCGCCUUGGGGGUGGUGUACCAUACGACGGCGACCCCCCGACAAUGAGCGCUACUGGCAACGACUAUGCCGAAUUAUGCGAUCUUGGACCUACGCGAUGGAGUUCGCGUGGCUACUAUCAUGUACCACCACCCGCUGCGCACAGUUCAUCCUUGCAUCCUAGCAUACUGCAAACAUCCACCCAAUCGUCAUCCAGUGUACCAACGGGUGGCUCAGCUGGCCUCACAGCCCAUCAUUUACGUGCCCACCCACCACCAACCAGCAGCUACGAAGCCGAAGACAUUGGCACCUCAUACGGCAUGACGACACCACCGCCCGGUGUCAGCGGCCUGACCAACAGUUACGCCGUCAACUCACGCAUUGGCAACAGUACUAGUUCGCUACGCACCGGCUCAGCAGCAGCAGCAGCCGCCGCCGCAGCAGCUGGUGUGGGCGUGUCUAGUUCCGCCGGUAUGGGCGGUCGUCCUGGUCUAUAUUAUUCACCACCAGGCACUUCGUACACGAUCAUCGAACGGCCCCAUUCACCCCACUACUAUUACAAUUCGGCGGGCGUGGCAACGAAGGGUGGUUCGCUGCCGGGUCGUGGCUCGGCUUAUCUAUCGGCGUCUCCCUCGAACUUUAUGAACAGUAUGAGCGGAACGCUGCCUACUUCGACGGCGGCCAGGCAUGCACUGGCGGCUGGAUCAGCUGCAGCGAGUGCCAACAAGAAACGGCCCAUUUCACCGGAGCAGGUGUUGCGCAUGUUUGGCGCUACGCAAUCAUCUUCAGUUCCUACUAGCAGUUAUCAUUAUAGUAAUGGUCACAGAGAUCGCACUGGUCGUCGUAGUCCAGCCAGUAGUCCGCCAUCAACAACGCAUCAGAUCUACCGUGAAAGAGAACGAGAUCGUGGUAUACCCAGCAUGCAUGAUUUAACCACAAGAACUGUUAAUAUGUCUCGUGAUCAGCAGAUAGAUCAUGGUUUUGGUAUAUGUGUUAAAGGAGGUAAAGACUCAGGCCUUGGUGUUUAUAUUUCACGCAUCGAGGAAAAUUCUGUAGCUGAACGUGCUGGUUUGCGUCCCGGUGAUACUAUCCUAGAGGUGAAUGGCACCCCAUUCACUUCAAUUAAUCACGAGGAAGCAUUAAAAAGAUGUGUGCAGAUAUUGAAAUCAUCACGUCAAAUCAGUAUGACGGUACGUUCGCCACCCACGCUUAAUUCAACGGCACCGCUGCAUGGUUUUGGGCCUCCCUCGCGUGAUCCCAUGUACGCAUCGAUGGCCCCCCUGCUGCCACAACAUUCUGCACUGCCACCGGGUGCCAGCAUAGGAACAUCACCAAACGUAGGUGGGCCAUUGCCAUAUAGACAGACGUGUUCCUGGAUGGAUCGACAUGGUAGACCCGCCUCACCGCCCAUGGAAUAUGGAGGACGGAGAAGUGAACGAAGAGAUCGAAUACGCCGUGUCGAGUUAUUAAUAGAACCGGGUCAAUCGCUGGGUCUUAUGAUACGCGGCGGUGUCGAGUAUGGUCUGGGCAUAUUUGUGACCGGUGUGGAUAAGGAGAGUGUGGCCGACAGGGCCGGUUUAAUGGUGGGCGAUGAAAUCUUAGAGGUGAAUGGUCAGUCAUUUCAAGAUGUCACACACGACGAGGCUGUUAGUCAGUUAAAAUACCACAAACGUAUGUCACUGGUGAUACGUGAUGUGGGUAAAGUGCCACAUUCCUGUACCUCCAUUGAAAUGGAGCCAUAUGAUGCUUAUAGUCCCACGGGGACAAGAGCACGUCGAAAAGGUCAAAUCACCGCCAUGGUAGAGGAGAAGGCUCGCUCUCUUUUGCCCCGCCACCAUUUUGCAAGUCUUUCGUAUUAUAUAGCUGAAUAUUGUGCGAAAGCAAUGACCAUAGAUGCCUUUGUAGCCGUCUUAUUAGAAAUGUUAGAUACAUAUGAAAAGCAUACACUAGUGACGGAAAUCCGUGAACUUAUAUUUCCUGAGGAUCGUUCCCGCUAUGAUGAGUUAGUUUAUCGUAGAGAACGUGAUCCUUAUAGUGGCGAAAGAUUAAGGCGUAAAGGAGAAAGUGCGCGUGAUUUGCCGGUAACCGAUGUGGAUAUGGAAGUAAGUGCGGCUACUGGCAGAAGUCCUUCAUCGGACUCAGGGCUGGGCAUGACAAUGACGGAUUUAAAAAAUCGACCUUUACAACGUUUACCCUAUCGACCCAUGUCGGCCGAACCCAUCUUACAUCGUUCACAUAUUCAUCCCACACCCCAAAAACAAACAUCAUCAUCAUCUACUUCAUCAUCCCAAAAUCCACCACCACCACCACAACAGCAACAAAAACAACAGCAACCGCCACUGCCACCAAACUCAUCAAACUCCUCAUCUAAUUCAGCGAAUUAUUUGCAACCCCCCCAUUCGCAUGUCUCGCAGUAUCGCAACAACAGUCAUCAUGCCUCAUUGCGUCAUCUUGGUGGCUCUGGUUAUGGUUAUGGUUUUGGUUCACGUCUGGCCGGUAGCUCAUCAUCGACAUCGAAACUAAUGGGACCAACUUAUCACAGCAGUACCACCCAUAAUACACCUCAAAAGCAGUUUAUGUACAAAAAUCCCACUGACAGCAGUUGCAUGGGCCUCAUCAAUCAAACGCAUUAUGACAAUCAACAUCAGGAAUACGGCUGUGAUGACCAUAGGUCCCGAAGAAUGAGUGAAACCCAUGUACUGCCCCACGCGGACUAUGAACAAGAUGUGGGAGGCUACCUAGAUGGACUACGUUCACAUUUGGGUGGUUUAACACAACGUGUCAAAUCAUGGUAUUGGGGACGACCUCUUGAGUUGGCUACAAAACUCUCAAGAAGUUUCGAUAUGAAGGAGGAUGGUGGAGCAUUACUGGGCGAUAAAGAUGUGCGUAGACAUCAGUCUAUGCAAAGAUUAUCGGCUGAACAGCAACAACCAAAUGGUUCAAUGGCUGAACAACAAACUCAUGAACACAAUCCAAACGUCGUACCUGAUCAUAGAGGCAACUUACAUGUAACUGUUAAGAAAACUAAACCAAUAUUAGGUAUUGCUAUCGAAGGUGGUGCUAAUACAAAACAUCCGCUUCCUAGAAUAAUAAAUAUACAUGAAAAUGGUGCAGCAUAUGAAUCGGGAGGCUUGGAGGUGGGUCAACUGAUACUAGAAGUAGACGGCACUAAAGUUGAGGGUCUACAUCAUCAGGAGGUUGCCCGUCUUAUAGCUGAAUGUUAUGCAAAUCGAGAAAAGCCUGAAAUAGUAUUUUUAGUUGUCGAAGCGAAAAAAUCGAAUUUGGAACCUAAACCAACUGCUUUAAUAUUCUUAGAAGCCUAACAUUUGCUUGCCCUGCCGGCUACAGAUGACCCAUUGGAGCAACAGAAACUGGAGUUCCUUUACGAAUGGGGUAUCGAUUUAACGACAACGCCAAAACCAAUGCCAACACCAAUACCACUAACAAAAGCUAAAAAUCCACCGCCACUGCCAACACUAACACAACAACAACACCAACUACAUACACACACAUUACACCAACAACAACCACAACAGCAACACCAUCAAUACCACAGCCAUCAAAACAACAUUAACUACAGCAAUAGCAAUAGCAACAACAAUAAUGCAAAAACAAAUACUACAACAAUUACCAACAACACAACACAAACUACGAACACGACAUCAACAAAUACGAAUACGAAUACCAACAAACAAACAACAACAAAAUCCUCAGGUAUAUUUACACCAGCGAACACUCAACAACAACUACAACACCACCAACAACAACUACAACAAAACUCCACACAUCAUCACCAACAUCAACAACAACAACCACAACACCAUUCACAGCAUCACCAACACCAGGAAUCAACUCUUGAAACUUUAACUUCACCUCUCUCAUCCAGCGAACACAACACUCCCACACAUCAUCUCUACACCAACAAAAAGAAUUAUGAUUCCGUUUACCAAUAAUUGAAAACCAACAACAACAACAACAAAAGAAAUUUGUAAAUUGAACAACAUCAACAACAGCAAUAAAAUUGUAUGUUUUGUA